CAUUGCCCAGAUGGGUUUCAAUGUUUGAAGGCAGGAAGGAACCCUAACUAUGGUUACACCAGCUUCGACAGCUUUGGCUGGGCAUUCCUGUCCCUCUUCCGGCUCAUGACACAAGACUACUGGGAAAACCUCUAUCACCAGGUCAGUAUGGACACCAGGAAAUGACCAGGUUAAUUUCAAACCAUAUCCACAUACAGGUCAUAGUCUGAAAGACCAUACGAAGAAAAUAAGUAUAUUUGCUUACAGUAAUAUAUUUAAGGUCUUAGAGGUCUUCUACAAUCUUCCACAAUCUUAAGCCUAAGCUUAAACCAACAUUAACUUGCAAAAAUCAAACCCUGUGUCUUUUAUAACAUACUUUUUGCCAAACCAUCCAUCCAUCCAUCCAUCCAUCCCUCCAUCCAUCCCUCCCCAGACUCUGCGGUCAGCAGGGAAGACCUACAUGGUGUUCUUUGUGGUGGUCAUCUUCCUGGGUUCCUUCUACCUGGUCAACCUGAUCCUAGCUGUUGUGGCCAUGGCCUACGAGGAACAGAACCAGGCCACCAUCCAGGAGGCCUGGCAGAAAGAGAAAGAGUUCCAGCUGGCCAUGGAGCGCCUCAAGAGGGAAGCGCAGGUAAGACGUAAGGUUUUACGUCAUGGAAUUUAAUUGAUGCUUUCGAUGUUGGGAAUUUGGACCGUAGACAUUUCUUUCAAUUGGUUAGCUGGUAUGGGAGUUUAGUACAUUUUGAAUGACACAAUAUUCUGAAAAGGACUAUGGCUAUUUGAGCUGACCCUUUGCAUUUCCUACUCAGAAAGCUCAGGAUACAGAAUCAUUGAUGUCCCCGGGCCUGGCUCUCCCUGAUGACAAGGAACUGCAGAGCAGGAGGAGAAGUCUGGAGGGGCUGGUGGAGGAGGUAGAGAACGGGGGAGACGUGGAGAAGGGAUACGUGAAGAUGUUGAAGGUGGAUACAGUGGAUGGGGGCAGGGUAAAUAUCAUCAUUAUGCAUUCUUAAUGGUUUCAUAUUUCAUCAUGGAUAAAACACCAUGGAUAAAUAAAAACAUUCUGAAUCUAAUAGUAUGCUUUCAGGUUUUGUAUAUAGGUAUAUAUUUUGGGACAUCGAUUUUUCUCCCCUAAUACCGUUACCAGUCUGAAACUACAGAGAUCAAUGGCAAGCCUAAUUUGUGAAAGGAUUAUCUGAUUUCCAGGGUUUGAGUCAAGUAUCUUCCUCUUUUCGAACAGAGGACUUCCCUACCAUAUAGCCCACUUAAACUUUUUCUCCACUCCCCCACCAGCCGACACAUCCACUCCUCGUCCGCACCAUCUCCACACGCACCAGACGAGGCAGCAACGUCAGCAUCUUCAGCUUCCGUCCCCGGAACAAAGACUCGGAGGGCGACUUCGCCGAUGACGAGUUCAGCAUCCAUGGGGACAAUGAGGGAACACACAGUCGUGCUGGGUCCCUGGUGAUCCCAUGGAGCACCAGACGCAGGCCCAGUACCUACAGCACCGGCAGCCGGGGUUCGCAGGUCUUCCUCAACGUCAAUGGGAAGCUGUUUGUGGCCAUGGACCAGAAUGGGGUCGCCCCGCAGGGACUCCCAGCCUGCACCAUGGAGAAGGUCAAGGAGGAGAGUGUGAGUACUGGGUUACUGAGUUGAGUGUGUAGCUUUGUAAGCAUGUGUGUGUGUGUGUGUGUGUGUGUGUGUGUGUGUGUGUGUGUGUGUGUGUGUGUGUGUGUGUGUGUGUGUGUGUGUGUGUGUGUGUGUGUGUGUGUGUGUGUGUGUGUGGACGUGUUUAACUAUACUUGUGGGGACCAGAAGUCCCCACAAGAAUAGUAAACCAAGAAAAGUUUGACCAACUGGGGACAUUUUGUUGGUCCACACAAGGGGGCGGCAGGUAGCUUAGUGGUUAAGAGCGUUGUGCCAGUAAUCGAAAGGUCGCUGGUUCUAAUCCCCGAGCCGACUAGGUUAAAAAUCUGCCGAUGUGCCCUUGAGCAAGGCACUUAACCCUAAUUGCUCAUGUAAGUCGCUCUGGAUAAGAGCGUCUGCUAAAUGACGUAAAUGACGUAAAUGUAAUGUAAAUGUCUAAGAGAUAGGGUUAGUUUUAGGGUUAGGAGAUAAGGUUAGGUUUUUGGGUUAAGGUUAGGGUUAGGGUUAAGGUUAGGGUUAGGGUACGGGUUAGGUUUGGGGUUAGGGGUUAGGGAAAAUAGGAUUUUGAAUGGGACUGAAUUGUAUGUCCCCACAAGGUUAGCUGUGCAAGACUGUGUGUGCGUGUGUGUGUGUCCGUGUGUGUGGUUACAUAUGUGCGUGCAUCAUGGGAAAUCACCCGGUGGAUAACUGGUGAUACUACUAUGGCAAAAGCCUGUAUCAAAGGAAUGUCCCCAGCUCAUAUCCUGUAGAGUAGACUUAGUAGCCCCUGGCUGCCUGGAGUCACCGGCCAAGACCUCUGUGACCUGACAACAGCUCCCUCUUCCCUGCUAGGCUCCUCAACAUUAACACAACACACUGUUUGAUUUGCUGUUUCAAAACAGAUGAUUCACACUACCCCGCAGGGAUGUUAGCAACUGUGUAGGAACGGAAGAGGGAAUAGCAUAAAUGCAAUUGCAUUUUCUCUAAUACUCAAUGAAUCGCUUGCCAUGCUAUCGCUGCCUUGUGUUUGUGUUUGUGUGUGUGCAUGUGUGCAUAUGUGCUUGUGUGUGUGUGUGGUUUGGUUUUACUAUCCUUGUGGGGACCAGAAGUCCUCAUAAGGAUAAUAAAACAACGAAACAUUUUGCCGGUCCCCACAAGGAAAACAUCUAUUUUAGGCUUAGGGGCUGGGUUACAAUUAGGGUUAGGGUUAGAAUUAGGGUUAGGCGUUAGGUUUAGGGUUAGCAGUUUGGGUUAGGUUUAGAUUUAGGGUUAAGAGUUAGGGAAAAUAUGAUUUUGAAUGGGAAUAAAUGUUUUGGUCCCCACAAGGAUAGUAAAUGUGUGUGUGUGUGUGUGUGUGUGUGUGUGUGUGUCUGUGUGUGUAUCUGUCUGUGUGCACAAAUAAAGAACAUGAUGCUCCUCUCUCCCAGGAAACAUACUGCUCUCAGAACAGACUGCUCCCAGAACAGCAUGGGUGUCGGUGCACUCCAAUGAUCCUAUCUCUAUUACUAUUCUAUAUAUCUCUUGUUCAUUCUCUCACACACACGUGCACACAAACGCACACACACACAUGCAUGCACACACACACACAACUAGCAAAAGUGUGUCAUGUAAACAAAUGAUGAACAUGCUCGAAAAAGAAAGAUAAAAAUCUAAAGAAUAGAUUCUAUUUCAAAGGAAUUUGAACAACAUGUUUGUCUAUUUACCCCAAACCAAAAAAACAAGCACAGUUCAUUUAUAACCAGCUUUAUUGUGCUCUGGAGGUCAAUACAGUACACUGCAAUAUCACACCCAAAGGACUGACCAGGAAAGGCACUAAAACCUCUGUGUUGCUGCUAAUACAGAUGAAUAGUGGUGGAAGGAUGUUGAGGAGUGUGUGUGCACGUGCCUGUGCGUGCGUGUGCUUGUGUGUGGCACAGACGCCUAGUUGUCUUGGAAACGCAACCAUGGCAACAGAUGCUAAAUUAACGUUGGUGGUGGUGGGGCCGAGGAGUAGAGAAACGGUGAAUGGCCUUGUGGUGGGUUCCCUACUUGCCAAACAGUGAGUGGGUGGUUUUAUGUGAGCUCCGACACUGGGGAUGUGCGUCACUCAUGCCUGCCAGCCUGACUACCUGGGAGACCAAUGAGACGUUAUGUAAUCAUAGAGGGAGGCUGAUUUGUGUCAGGGAGGCUUUGAUUGGACUCCCUUUAACCCCUGUCAUUCACACCACAUGGAUGCAUACAGCUGGGAGGUAACUAGUUACAGGGAUAUCACAUUUACGAAAACAUUUUUGUCAUUUAGCAGACGCUCUUAUCCAGAGCGACUUACAGUUAGUGAGUGCAUACAUUUUUCAUACUGGCCCCCCGUGGGAAUCGAACCCACAACCCUGGCGUUGCAAGCGCCAUGCUCUACCAACUGAGCUACAGGAGGCUAAUCACAUGGCUCUAGGGAUGAUUUGUGUGGGUGUGUGGGUGUGUGCAUGUGUUUGUGUGUGUGUGUUUGUGUGUGUGUGUGCGUGCGUGCAUGCGUAUGUGUGUGUUUGUGUGUGUGUGUGUGUGGGAUUGUCUUAGAUAACUGUCACCACCCUGCCUCUAUCUUGAAUCAUGCUCCUGCCAUUGACCCAACAUAAAUUGGAAAACAUGUCUGUGGAAUCAAUGUGAGAUAUGUGUGUGUUAGCAUAGCCUUGCCUAAGUGACUGCUGUGUUCAACCCUGCCUGAACCACAGCAUGUGUGUGUGUGCGUGUGUGCGUGUGUGUGUGUGCACGUCUCCAUCAGCCUGCCCUCUGGGAGGCGGCU